CAAAGGUCGGUGGGCGGAGCUUUGUGUUGCAGUACGUGUGCUUAUGAGGAGGUAGCUUAGCUUCAAAGCUACGUGUACAUUUAACUGCUGAUCAUGGUGCUACUGGAAAACGAUUCGUUCUUGACAGAGCUAACUAGACUGUUCCAGAAAUGCAGGACUUCUGGCAGUGUUGUCAUCACGUUAAAGAAAUACGACGGCAGAACCAAACCAGUUCCCAGGAAAGGUCACGUGGAGAGUUUUGAGCCUGCAGACAACAAGUGUCUUAUCAGAGCGUCAGAUGGAAAGAAGAAAAUAAGCACAGUGGUUAGCACUAAAGAAGUUAUCAAGUUCCAGAUGGCGUAUUCAAACCUGCUGAGAGCACACAUGGACGGACUGAAGAAGAAGGACAAGAAAAGCAAAACCAAGAAAACCAAAGCCACCCAAUGAGCAACAGACUCUUACACACCACACUACUGGGCCCAGACCAGCCUGUACCACCUACAGGGGGGUUCCAACCACCACCCUAACACACCCCUCCCUUGUCUAAGCUAGUGGUUGAGGCCCACCAUUCUCCACCUGGUGACUGUUUUGACAUCAUGCCGGUCUGCACGGUCCUGUCUUCACCUGGCUGUUCUGUGCCGUCAGUGGAGGUGAAGCUGAGAGGAGGGUUAACUGGGAGGCUCAUGCUUGAGCGGCUCUGCAGGCUGCAGACGGCCCCUGGUUUGGAAGCGAGUUACAGCAGGCUGCAUGUCUGUGGAGUGUCACAAGGAUGCUGUACAGACACUAAUUGCCUUUUUUGUUUUAAUAUAAUUGUCCUUUUUUUCUUUGUUUUAGAUAUUUGAAUUUUAAUAGCUAUAAUCUCAGCUAAAGUAUUCCUUUUUUUUUUUUUUUGGUCGGCCCUGAUAAAAAGUGGUUAUGAAUAGGUUCUGAUAA